GGUUUGGGUUCAGUCCCAGCUUCCAUCAUUCGUAACCGUCGCUUCAAACAUCGCUAUUUCCCCUUUCCCCAAACGAACGAGCAAAUAGAUCGAUACCCUCCUCCUCGCGCAACUUUGAUAUCCCCGAUCGCAUUAUAGCGAGUACUACGACGAACAUUUCAACGACCGAACGAAUUUGACCCAGUAGCGAUCGCAAUCGCAAUCAUAAACGCAGCUCCAAUUGGACCGAACGAAAAACAUUUAGUUACACCACACAAAGCACAAAAUGGCCUCCAGAGUCCUAUCCACCGCCUUCCGUCGCGGCUUCCAGACAUCAGCAAGGAGGUUCGAGUCUGUCGCUACGACCUCCAGCGCUGGAGUUCCCGGCGCGGGCGCGGUGCCACCGUUGCCUGCUAGGAAACCUGUUGGUGCUUUUCGUGGGGGGCUCUUCGGCUUCUUCUUUGGUAGCACUCUCGCCGGCAGUGCUGUCUACUACUAUGCGCUCCAAGAGUACAAGGCCUCGAACGAUCUCUUGACGGAAGAUAUCUACGCUCUCCAGAAUGCUGUCGACAGGCUGAGCAAAUACCUUGUUACCUUGGAGGAGAAGAUGGAGGCGUUGGAGAGGAAGAGGAAGUAAUCGACAUCUUGCGGAUGAGGAAAGAAUACAUAAGAAGUUUGGGGACACGGGCACAUAAUCGACCGUUAUGUGAAAACCAAAAGAAUAAGAACUAAGGAUGCGGGAUGGGGUUCUAUUGACAUCAAAAGCUGAAGUGCGAAAGUGGUGUCCAUUUUCAUGGUUUGAAAUUCCAGUUGGAGGAGAGCGUGCUCUGGUGGUAAUCGGACGGGAGCUUUCGCUGUACAUACAUCGAAAUUGGGUUGCUUGAAGCCAGAAGUUGGAAUCGACAAGGAAGAGGUUUUCUUAUC